AUGACGUCUGGACCAACAGCUCGAAGCAGAAGUCGUCAACGGCCACCGCAGUCAUUGGAAUCUGUUUACAGUCUUGCAGAAAACGCAGUAACAUUCCUCCAGAAAUAUUUUACUGAAAUCGAAGAGAAAUUUCGAGGUUUCAAAUUUGUUCAGGCAGAGUCCCUAAAGAAAACUUGGACCAAGGUUGCUGCAGCAAGGCGAGGAAUAAAUCUUGCUACCCUGACGGAGGCUCAGUGCAAAAAUCUGGCAGAUGAACUCGGUGGAGAGUCAGGCGGUGCCAGUUACGUCGAUAAAGUCAAAAAACUGCAGGAGCUCGCGAUCGUCUCGCAGGACAUGAGCUCUCUGUUCAACCGACUCGACAAAAAACUGACGCUGGUGCUAACUGACGGAUUGUGUGUCUACUGCGUCAGUCUCAUUGAGCUCACAGAGCAGGUACAUCAGGAUGUGCAGGAAUACGAGGAUUUUAUCGCCGACCAGAACCAAGAAUUCGCACAACGACUGACAGAGCUAAAACAAAAUCAGCAACGAUGGACAAACUACACCCGAGACAUGAGCUCAACAGUAAGAAAUUUUGAGAAGUUGGAAGGCAUCUUUCUGGAGGUUUGCACUGCUUGGGAUGUCAUCACCUCCUGCAUUGACGAACGCAUUGCGCGAGACAAAUCCUAUCCGGAAAAACUGACCCAGCUGAUAAAUCAGAGCAAGGAAGAGAUUGAGGAGCUGAAACAGGAGUACCUCCUAAUCGGGGAGAAUGAGCAGCAGACUGCCUCCCAACAACGACAGAGAAAGCUGCAACUGGAGAAGUGCAAACGUCAUCGAAAACAACUGCGGACCAGUCUGGCACACACAAAGAAGGCUCAUAAAUUCUGUUCUGACCGACUGGCGGCUCUGGAGAGGGAAGUGAAUGGAACAUCUGAAGUGAAGCAGGCCGAAGACGAGAACGAUUCGGAUGGCAGUGAUGAGGACGGUGGCGAAGAAGGAGAUAGGCACACUGAAUCUGAACAAAAUGAAAGUGACACCUGCAGCACCGGAAGCCCCCAGAGAGCAAAGACAAUGAAGGAUCAAAGUUCAAACACAAAAACAAAUAAGAAAGGCCCCGAAAAGCCAGCUAAGGGGAAAAAGAACGCCAAGAGCACAGAGGAUCGGAAGGAACAAACAAACAAGGCAGACGAGGAGACAGAAAAUGAAGACCUCAAGGAUGCAGACACUCCCACGAGAGGGGAUAAAGCCCCGGAGCCAGACCACUCUCCAAACGAGACUGACCGUGGAAGGGGAAGAGAAGCAGACAGGAAAAAGAAAGAAACCCGACAGGCCAGCCGAAGCCGGCCGAGACCAGGAUCAGAAAAUGAGGGUAGAACUGCUCAGUCAACUGCCAAGUCGCCCGUACGGAAACGUAACGAAAAACCCACCACACAACAGAAGACAGGCGGUAGCACUGGUAGCAACGACAGUAGGCAGAACAGAUCCAUUGAACAACAGAAAAAACAACAGAUGGAAUCGUACAGGCGGCGAAAUGAAAACAUGCAGAAGGAGGAAGACCAACUGCGCGAGCAACUGGCCAAAGUGGAGAAGCGUAUAUCGGAUUUGCAGAAGGAGAUUGAGGAUAUAGAUCAGGAGGACAGCUUCAACGACGGCCGGAGGGCUGAGAUCCAGGCAGAAAUCAGCCGACUGGAAGUGCAGAUAAUCGAUUGUCGCGCAAUACUGCAUCGUCGGGGUCGUGGACAGACACUCAUGGAACUGCAGAAAACCGGAAAAGCCAAAGGAAAUCAAAAAAGUAAGUGCCCGGACUUGUUAGCUAUGCUCCUUUUCCCAGAUCGGCACAAAAGUUGCCAUAUUUUAUGUUGA